AUGAAAGGCCUCGGUGACAGCCGCCCCCGCCACCUGUCCGACAGCCUGGACCCACCACACGAGCCCCUGUUCGCAGGGCCUGAUCGCAACCCCUACCUGCUAUCGCCCACGGAGGCCUUUGCCCGCGAGGCUCGCUUCCCCGGGCAGAAUGCUCUGCCAGGGGACGGGCUUUUCCCGCUCAACAACCAGCUGCCACCACCGAGCAGCACCUUCCCCCGUAUCCACUACAACUCCCACUUCGAGGUGCCAGAGGAGAGCCCCUUCCCCAGCCACGCCCAGGCCACCAAGAUCAACCGGCUGCCCGCCAACCUCCUGGACCAGUUUGAGAAACAGCUGCCUAUCCACCGCGAUGGCUUCAGCACUCUCCAGUUCCCCCGCGGGGAGGCCAAGGCCCGGGGCGAGAGUCCUGGCCGCAUCCGCCACCUGGUCCACUCAGUCCAGAGGCUCUUCUUCACCAAGGCGCCCUCCCUGGAGGGCACGGCUGGCAAGGUCGGCGGCAAUGGCGGCAAGAAAGGUGGCCUGGAGGACGGCAAGGGCCGGAGGGCCAAGAGCAAGGAGCGGGCCAAGGCUGGGGAGCCCAAGCGGCGCAGCCGUUCCAACAUCUCGGGCUGGUGGAGCUCCGACGACAACUUGGAUGGUGAGGGUGGCACCUUCCGCAGCAGCGGCCCAGCCUCUGGACUGAUGACACUAGGCCGCCAGGCAGAACGCAGCCAGCCACGCUACUACACGCACGCCUACAACACCAUCAGUGGGCACGUGCUCAGAGCCGCCAAGAACAACACCACCGAGCUGACCGCCCCGCCACCUCCGCCGGCACCCCCGGCCACCUGCCCCAGCCUUGGGGUGGCCGCCGACACCAACUAUGUCAAGCGGGGCUCCUGGUCCACCCUGACCCUCAGCCACGCCCAUGAGGUCUGCCAGAAGACCUCAGCCACCUUGGAUAAGAGCCUGCUAAAGUCCAAAUCCUGCCACCAAGGUCUUGCCUACCAUUACCUGCAGGUGCCCGGAGGCGGCGGCGAAUGGACCACCUCGCUGCUGUCCCCGCGCGAGGCUGACUCCACAGGCGAGGGCCCCAUCCCGUGCCGGCGAAUGCGCAGCGGCAGCUACAUCAAGGCCAUGGGCGACGAGGACAGUGACGAGUCCGGCGGCAGCCCCAAGCCCUCCCCCAAGACGGCGGCGCGGCGCCAGAGCUACCUGAGGGCCACGCAGCAGUCGCUGGGAGAGCAGAGCAAUCCCCGCAGGAGUCUGGACCGCCUGGAUUCAGUGGACAUGCUGCUGCCCUCCAAGUGUCCGAGCUGGGAGGAGGACUACCACCCUGUCAGCGACAGCCUCAACGACUCCAGUUGCAUCAGCCAGAUGUUUGGACAGGCCUCCCUGAUCCCCCAGUUGUUUGGCCACGAGCAGCAGGUACCAAGAUGGCCUGAGACAUGGGUCAGACAGACCCUUCCAGAACCAUUGGAGAGUGUAUGUAUGGUACGGGAGGCAGAUCUGAGCGACCAGUAUGAGGCAGCCUGCGAGUCGGCCUGCAGUGAAGCAGAGUCGACCGCGGCGGAGGCUCUAGACUUGCCGCUGCCCAGCUACUUCCGCUCCCGCAGCCAUAGCUACCUGCGCGCCAUCCAGGCAGGCUGCUCGCAGGAGGAGGACAGUGUUUCCCUGCAGUCCCUUUCCCCACCUCCCAGCACCGGCAGCCUCAGCAAUAGUCGCACGCUUCCGAGUUCAUCAUGCCUAGUGGCAUAUAAGAAGACCCCACCACCGGUCCCUCCACGCACCACAUCGAAGCCGUUCAUCUCCGUGACGGUCCAGAGCAGCACCGAGUCUGCCCAGGACACCUACCUGGACAGCCAGGACCACAAGAGCGAAGUGACGAGCCAGUCCGGCCUGAGCAACUCGUCGGACAGCCUGGACAGCAGUACCCGACCGCCCAGUGUGACACGGGGCGGAGUCACCCCAGCCCCCGAGGCCCCUGAGCCACCCCCAAAACAUGCAGCUUUGAAGAGCGAACAAGGGACGCUGACCAGCUCCGAAUCCCACCCUGAGGCCAUUCCCAAAAGGAAACUGUCAUCUAUAGGAAUACAAGUUGACUGCAUUCAGCCAGUGCCAAAAGAGGAGCCCAGUCCCGCUACCAAAUUCCAGUCCAUCGGGGUUCAGGUAGAGGACGACUGGCGAAGCAGCGCCCCGUCUCACAGCAUGUCCUCCCGACGGGACACCGACUCGGAUACCCAGGAUGCCAACGAUUCGAGCUGUAAGUCAUCUGAGAGGAGCCUCCCGGACUGCACCCCACACCCCGACUCCAUCAGCAUCGAUGCCGGCCCCCGGCAGACCCCCAGGAUUGCCCAGAUCAAGCGCAACCUCUCCUAUGGAGACGACAGCGACCCUGCCUUAGAGGCAUCCUCGCUGCCCCCGCCUGACCCCUGGCUGGAGACGUCCUCCACCUCCCCCGCGGAACCAGCGCAGCCAGGUGCCUGCCGCCGGGAUGGCUACUGGUUCUUGAAGCUGCUUCAGGCAGAAACGGAGCGGCUGGAAGGCUGGUGCUGCCAGAUGGACAAGGAGACCAAAGAGAACAGCCUCUCUGAAGAAGUCUUAGGGAAAGUCCUCAGUGCUGUGGGAAGUGCCCAGCUACUGAUGUCACAGAAAUUCCAGCAGUUCCGGGGCCUCUGUGAGCAAAACUUGAACCCUGAUGCCAACCCACGUCCAACAGCUCAGGACCUGGCAGGGUUCUGGGACCUGCUGCAGCUGUCCAUCGAGGACAUCAGCAUGAAGUUUGAUGAACUCUACCACCUCAAGGCCAACAGCUGGCAGCUGGUGGAGACCCCCGAGAAGAGGAAGGAAGAGAAGAAACUACCCCCUCCGGUCCCAAAGAAGCCAGCCAAAUCCAAGCCGGCAGUGAGCCGCGACAAGGCCUCUGACGCUGGGGACAAGCAGCGUCAGGAGGCCCGCAAGAGGCUCCUGGCGGCCAAGCGGGCAGCUUCCGUGCGGCAGAACUCAGCCACGGAGAGCGCAGACAGCAUCGAGAUUUAUGUCCCUGAGGCCCAGACCCGGCUCUGA